GAACAGAUCUGGAAUCAAAACCUCCGAAAAUACUUCAAACUAACUACUAAAACUAAUAUACAAGGUAUUUGAAGCAAUUGAGAGAGGGGAACCCGAAAUUGGGUUGAGAAUGGAUGAUAAAAAUGAGAAGAAUCGCGCUGUAUUUAUAGGAACGAAUCCAAGGCGUCCAAGUCAAAGCGUCCAAGUCCAAGCGUCCAGAUCUGGAUGCCUGAGCUGUCCCGGCCAACCAGAUUUUGCCACGUGUCAUUCUUGGGCUGCAAUCCAGCCAAAGCGUCCAACUCCCAAGCGUCCAACUUGGCCAAGCAUCCAAGUUGGAUGCCUGGAGGCCUUGUACCCAUAUGGUGAUGACUACCUAGACAACAAUAGAUCUGACUACUAUCCCUACCAUGAGGAACCACCAUAUGAUACCCCGUCUAGAAAUUUUGGAUAUUCUCCAUUCCAAGAUUCUGAUGGGGAUAAUUAUUAUGAACCUCAUGGAGAUAACGAUGACUAUGACCAAUAUGGGCCAAUGCACGACAAUCAAUCUGAUCCACUCGUCGAAGAAAUAAUAAGAUUAGAGCAGAAGAUCUUCUAUUUCGACGAAGUUUUAUUUGCUGAAGGCUCUUGGUACGAACCACCUUACUGCCGUGACUACACCUUGUUUGCUGAAGAACAAAUUGAAGCAAACAAGGUGGCAAUUCGAGAAAGAGCAAAACUUCUUGAAUCAGUCCGGAAGGAAAAGGAGUUCGAAAGGAGAUUAUGCGAAGGAUCAGAAAUGAUGCAGAAAAUGCUGGACGACUUCCGAAGAGAGAGACUAGAAGCCGAGUCUAAAGCUGAUAAAUUAGUCAAUGAUCUCUGUAAGGCUAUUGAGCUUAAACGCUCCCUCCAAUCUCAAGAUCCACAAUUGGAGGAAGUUAAUGCUCAAAAAGAGGCUCUAGAACCUAAGACCAACCCUGAACCAUCCAACCAUCAGAAGGUGGAACCAACUGAGGGACCUGACUCAGAACCACCUAUGCUUAUUCAAGAAAAGAAGGAGGAGGAAGUUUUGCCUACGGCAAUAAACGACCAUCUCUUUAAUUGUGUUGAAGACACACCUCUAGAGAAACCUGUUCUGGAGGAAGUAGAGCCCAUUACCUGCCCCCAAGAUACAAUUGUCCAAGUGUCUGAGCAGGAAUCUAUAGACGAGGAAUUACUUUGCAUGGAAAAGCCAACUCCGCUUAUAGAAACCUGUGUACAUAAUGCUUCAUCUGAAGAUUCAGACCAUACCUUCUUUGACUCCCUACUUGACGGGUGCGACUAUGUCUGCCCGAACGAUGGUUGGAGCCAAAAGAGUUGGGAUGAACUUCUGGUAAGUGACACUGAAGACGCAUCCAUGGGGGAGGGUACGAUCAUAAUCAUCAAACCACAAAUGGAUAGUCAGCCAAUUGAAGAUAAGGAAGAAAUCAAUUUCGCAAUCAAGGCUAAUGAUGUGGAUCUACUAAGGAGACUUCCGCCCCCACCCACCUAUACAAAGUCUCCUCCAUAUAUCCUGUUGCCACCAAGCCGCAGGGAUGAGUCAAGGAUCCUGGACCUUGACCGAGCAAAAAUUCAAACAGGGUGGCAUCAGAAGAGAGUCAGAAGGGCCAAACUUUAUGACUCUCGGAUCGGAAAGUCGUGGAGAAAGUGGAUGGAUGUUGCUUGGAUGAUUCCGCAUGGAAACCGCCGCACAUUACAGAGCCUGGAAGAGCUCCCCUUGCACUCAGAGGAAGCAAGGAAGAAGUUUCUCACUUGGGGAAACACGAAGAUGCUCCAGCCUCCCAUGGUGCUAGACCCUGCCUAUCUGGAUGAACUAGGGCACUGGCAGGACAUCGACGAGUUUCUGUACAACCCAAAGUGGAGGAUCUUGCUGUUCCUACAAGCACCAGCAAGCCUGGAAGUCACCAUCGAGUUUUCUUUGCUCUCCCCGCUUCCUCAAUGACGGAGAGGAAGUAAAGUCAACAGCUGAAGUCACCUCCACCACCAAGCUCACAUUCACUUUGAUGGGACAACUUCUGAGCCUUACUGUGGCAGACUUGGGGUGGCUGAUUGGUCUUUACACACUUGAUGAAACGCGGAGCUUGGCCUUCGCUAAUCUGCCUGAUCAGUUGGAUCCAGAGUUCGAUGUGAGGAAGUUCUGGCAAGCUCACGGGUAUGGACGAUAUCACAGUGGAGCAAGCAUAGCUAGGAAUUGG